AUGACAAGCCGGUUCCACAGCCAAAUCCCACUGGGGUCCCACGUGCCACCUGGCACCAACACAGCCGUUCCAACUUCCUUCCAAAUUCCAACUGAGUUCUUCAGCCCAGUCCACCAACGGGCAACGGCCAACACUGAGGACAAAGCGAGGAAAAUAAGAGGAAAAGGGACUGGAGAGCAAAACCCUAGCACAGCCGCAUCCAUGGCGAUGUCCAUCUCCGGCGGCUGCGUCGGCGGCGACUGCACGGUCCUGGCGCCGUCCGCGUCCUCGCUCCGCCCGCCGCUCCGUCGUGCCGCUGGCCCCAAGGGUCAUUCUUGUACUUUUCCUCAUGGAGCAUCUAUCAAUAACAACCGGCUAUGCGUUGAACAUCAAAGAUGUUCUCGGAGCUCCACCCAGACCUAUGCUCUUUCUAGGAAGGAUUUUUCUCCUAUAACUCAAGAUGUGGAAGGCUUCCUUCACAAUGUUGUUAACAUGGGAUUUCUUGACCGUCUGAAAUUAGCGUGGAAGAUAAUGUUUCCUGCACCAACCAUAAAGGAUACCUCCAAUGCCAACAUCGCAAAACAGAGGCUUAAGAUGAUCCUGUUCUCCGACAGGUGUGAAGUCAGUGAUGAAGCAAAGAAAAAGAUUGUGGAGCACGUCAUUGAAGCAUUGUCUGAGUUUGUUGAGAUAGAAUCAAGGGAUAACGUCCAAGUGGAUAUCUCAACCGAUGCUGGCCUUGGCACCGUGUACUCUGUGACAGUUCCCGUGCGCUGUGUGAAGCCAGAGUACCAGGAAUCUGAAGAGCAGUACAGAGGGAAAAUUGUCGGUGUCGACUUCAAGGACACCGGAGAAUCAUCAGGGAACGUUGAUGUCACCUUUGACUUCUUUGUACCCAAUGAGAACUACUAA